AUGACUGUUAGCCACGCUGAACACAGGAGAGGUCAAGCUUUAGACCAACAAACAGAACGAGGCCGACUCCAUCAGGUACCGAAUCGCUUCAAGCUCCAAAAAAAUAUUGCUAGAAUAGACACUUCAGAAGAUCCAAAGAUCCUUAUUAGAGACUUGGGGCUGAAGCGGUCUAGCAUUCUUCGCCCUACUUCAAAUUUAUUACCCUUUGAAAGGCUGAGAGUGCCAUCUGGUUCUUCAACCAACCUGACGCAGUAUAAAAGAUACUUUAUGUCUAAUAGCACCACUCAUCCUGAACCUUCGUCAGAAUGUUCCCUCUGUUCAUCUUUGAGCACUAGCCCACCAUUGGCUGGCGGAGAGCCAAGAUAUAUGGAUAGAUAUUUUGAUUACGGCAAUGAUCGUAGGGCAAAGAAUGUUCCUGCUUCGGAAAGUAAGUUCACAUACGCAAGGAGUGUAAGUACUCAAGAAAGCAGACAAAUCCAAUUUGAUCUUAAACUUGGUAAGUCAGAUGUAGACUUGAGAAUGCCAAACCCAUUUGUGAUGGAAACAAUAUCACCUGCAAGCAGCAAUGAUACUAAUUUGUUAAUAAGUAGCUCCACAGAAAUAUGUGCCAGUAACAACAUAGACAGCACGCAUAUUGAUAACUCUACAGCCAUCAUAAAUGAAAUUAACUGCAGCUCUCAGUUUAAAAAACACUACUAUAAUAUCCAUAGGGAGAAUGGGUCACUGAAUGUUACCCUAAACGACGCUUCAGACAAUGAAGAAGAAAUAGGUUCCGCGUGGAUGAAUCCUAGUAAUUACAAUGAUAAUAUUAAAAGCAACAAUGAUUUUUCAAAAGAAACAAGUAAAAGAACAUCUAAGCCAUUCAAAUCUCAGCACUUCUCCUUGAAACAACGUGUACAACACGAGAAGGCCUCUAGUAACCUUCGAUCUCUUGCCUUGUUUGGACACCAUCCGAUGAUGGAAAGCAUGCAGCGAGUGAAAUGCAAGAGACAGCCUCAAACAGCUGUCCCGGAGGUAGAUAUUGUUGCUACACUUCAGAGCAUGUGGGGGUGA